AUGUCAAAUGAGACCAUCGACAUGACUGGCGAGGACGAGCGCAACGCCAAGCGACGGCGCUUCUCGAGUAACAUCAUCACCCUCAACGAGGGAAAAACGGGCUUCAUUGAGCUUUCUGAGGAUACCGCCGAGAUUGUGGCCACAUACUUGGACUGGCUCUAUGGCGCUCCCGUGGCUCAACUCGAACCUGUGACCGGAGCGUUUGAUAACCAGCUGGCCAAACUUCACAUCCAUCUCGCGAAGCUAUACGUCUUCGGCGAGAAGGUACAAGACGAUGCCUUUUGCGAUGCUGUACUAGCGACACUGGCGGCACAGAUGGACCGACUAAGUCCAACUGAGGGACGGGUCAUGCCUGCUUCGGAGGCGAGGAAGGAUACUUGGGCGAACGAGAACCACAGGGACCGGCCAGUCGAAUUCUAUCAGGACCUGUUUGAUGUGCUGUGGCAGAAGCGGCAGAUAGAGCCAAGAAAAUCGUUCUACGAUCGUAAGAAGAAGUGGAUGAAGAAGAACAUCGGGGCAGAGAGCGCCACGAUGAGCGAUGACAAGUGA